AAAUAGCUAGACUUGUAAUUGUGAGAGAAGAUGUGAGACUUGAAAAUUUGCUUGUUUUCACUUAUUGCUUAGUUGCUUCCGCUCAACUACAUAAGGCAGAUUCAGAAUUGUUAUUCUAUGGGUUCAAGAUUUCGGUUUCAACUACUGAACCCAUCGUCUUGUUUGAGUUAUGGGUUUAUAAUUUCAAAAUUUUCAACAAUUUUAGCGGAUUUUAUAUAGAAAAUUCAAGUUUAUGAUAAAAGUUGUGGGUUCAAUUUAACCCAUAGUGAAGCUAUUGGAUCUGCCCUUGCUCAGCUGGAUUCAUAUUUUAGUCGCCGGCAACUGACAUUUCAUAAGAGCAUAAAGUACUCAGUCAUUAAGAACCACAAGUUUCAGAUGCUUUGAAGAUAUGAAGAUUCUGAGAUUUGCGCCUCCUAGUCAGAAUCUGAAUGCGAAAACAAGGAUGAGUUUGCUGUUUGUCUAUAGAAACAAGGGUGGAUUCGCGAAUUAAUCAAGAGAAAAGAAGAGAAAAAGGAGUUACUAUUAUCGUGAAAAUGUGCUUCAAAUUAAAUCAACAUGGGCUAAAUCGGAUAAGAUCUGAAAAUAUGGAACCAUUUUGGUUAUAAGCUUGGGCCAAUGAUACAUAGUGUAAAAAUCUCUAUAAUAUAUAUGGUUGGUUUGAUUUUCUAUGAGCAGUAUUGUGUAGAAGUUGCUAAAUAUAUCAAUAUAUGUUAUAUUUCAUUUGACAGGCACAAUACCUUAUGAGAUUGGCCAUCUUUACAACUUGGAGCUUUUAGCCAUGGAUUACAAUAAGUUAACAGGCUCAGUCCCUAAUAUGAUUAGCCGUCUUCAUAAAUUGGAAUAUUUAAGCAUGGAAAGAAACAAAUUAACAGGCUCAAUCCCUUUAAGCAUACUCAACAUUUCAUCACUUCAAUAUUUAUCAAUCGGGGAAAACAAACUUGAAGGACCUUUACCAAGAGAAGUUGGAAAUUUAAGUAUGCUUCAAGUACUUGAUUUUUCAAUGAAUAACCUGACAGGUGUAAUUCCAGAUGGAAUCAGUAACCUUCAAGAGUUGGAGGACCUCUCAUUGUCUUACAAUAAUUUCAAAGGGUCAAUCCCAAUUGGUAUCUUCAAUAUCUCCUUUCUUAUAUAUCUUCAGCUCGCAGGUAACCACAUUUCAGCUAAUCUUCCUUCCACUAUAGGCCAUGGCUUACCUAAUGUUGAAGGAAUUCAUCUAUCUGGAAACAACAUUAAUGGUGUUUUACCUAGUUCAAUCUCAAAUAUGUCUAAGCUUAUGUAUCUCGAACUCUAUCGAAAUGAACUUACAGGUUCAAUUCCUGAAUCUCUAGGAAAUUUAAGACUUCUGGAAGUUCUUGGCUUAUCCAGUAACUCCUUCAACAGUGAAUUAAGCUUUAUUACUCCUUUGGCCAAUUGUAAAUACUUGAGAAAAUUGAUAUUGUCUUCCAAUCCCCUAAAUGCAAUGCUUCCAAAAUCCAUCGGCAACCUUUCUUCUCUUGAAAUGUUUUUGGCGACAGGAUGUAACCUCAAGGGCUAUAUUCCAAAUGAAGUCGGAAAUUUGAGAAAUUUAUCUUCUUUGGAGCUGGAAGAUAAUGACUUUAAUGGAAUUGUCCCGAUGACAAUAAGCUCAUUGAAAAACCUUCAACGGCUUUCACUUGGUGCAAAUAGAAUAAGUGGUCCCUUUCCAAUUGCUUUAUGUGAGCUAUCCAACUUGGCUUUGUUAAACCUUUCACAAAAUCAAAUGUGGGGAAGUCUUCCUAGUUGCUUGGGGGAUGUGACUUCUCUAAGGGAGGUUUCUCUUGAUUCAAAUAACUUCAUUGCCAUAAUACCUUCAAGUCUAUGGACUCUCAAAGACAUUUUAAAGUUGAACUUGUCUUCUAAUUUCUUCAAUGGCUCUUUACCACUUGAAGUUGGAAACCUCAAGGCUGCAAUACUUUUGGAUCUUUCCUGGAACCAAAUCUUAGGAAACAUUCCUAGUACAUUAGGAAGUCUACAGAAAUUGACUCAUCUGUUUUUGGCUCAUAACAGAAUUGAAGGAUCUAUUCCUGAGGCAUUUGGAGGGCUCAAAUCUUUAGAAGUAUUGGAUCUUUUGUAUAACAAUUUGUCUGGUGUGAUCCCAAAAUCAUUAGAGGCACUUAAGUAUCUUCACUCUUUUAAUGUCUCAUUUAACAGGUUACACGGAGAAAUUCCGAAUGAAGGACCUUUUGUUCAUCUCCCUUACCAGUCUUUCAUGUCGAAUGAAGGAUUGUGUGGUAACUCUCAAAAUCAUGUCCCAAUUUGUCCUUCAAAUUCAAAGGAUCGUUCAAAGUCAAAGAAAGAAAGACUGAUAUGGGUUGUCGUUGCAUCUUCAGUUUUCUCUGUAAUAGGGCUUGCUUCAGCAAUAGUCUUUUUGAUGAUGAGACGUCGGGGUAAAACAACCAAUAUCGAAGAUGACUGGUUGCCUGAGGUAGCACCACAAAGAAUUUCUUACUAUGAACUUCAAAGAGCAACUCAGGGUUUUGAUGGAAAUAAUUUGCUAGGUAGUGGAAGUUUUGGUUCUGUUUACAAAGGAACUUUGGCAGAUGGGAUGAUAGUAGCGGUUAAAGUUUUCAAUGUGCAGAUGGAAGGUACAUUUCAAACUUUUGAUAGAGAAUGUGAUAUCUUGCGGAAUCUUCGUCACAAAAAUCUCACCAAGAUUAUUACCAGCUGUUGUAACUUGGAUUUUAAAGCAUUGAUACUUGAAUACAUGCCAAAUGAGAGCUUAGACAAGUUGCUAUAUUCUCGAGAUUAUUGUUUAAAUAUAAUGCAAAGAUUGAAUAUCAUGGUCGAUGUUGCAUCUGCUCUGGAAUAUCUCCAUCAUGGUUACUCUGUUCCGGUUAUUCAUUGUGAUCUGAAGCCUAGCAACGUGUUACUAGACAACGACAUGGUGGGACACCUGACUGACUUUGGCAUAGCAAAACUUUUAACUAAGGAAGAAUCCAUUGCUCAUACUACAACCUUUGCCACAAUUGGUUACAUUGCUCCAGAGUAUGGUAUGGAAGGCCUUGUAUCCAAGAGGCUGAUGUUUAUAGUUAUGGCAUCAUGUUGCUGGAAACUUUACAAAGAAGAAACCUAAUGAUGAAAUGUUCGUGCGAGACAUGAAUUUGAGAAGUUGUGUGAAUAAUUUGCUUCCUGAUGAGUUGGAUCAAAUUAUAGAUGCUGACUUACUAACAGUAGAUGAAGAGAACUUAAGCCGAAAGAUGCAAUGUGUGGCAUCCAUCAUGGAGUUAGCCAUGAAUUGCACACCUAAUAUUCCAGUGGAAAGGAUGAACAUGAUUGAUGUUGUAGCAGCACUGAAAAAGAUCAAACAAAAGCUUUCUUCCUGUUAUUGAACGACCCAGCGCCAUGACAUCGGGAAAUAUGGUUUCUUGUCAAAGUUGCGCUGAUGAUUUGCGCAAUAUCUUGUGGGGUUAAUCUCCUUAUGUUAUGAAUAAUAUUCUCAUAUGGAGCCACCUCCGAGUAUUUCCUUUAUUUAUUGUAAAGGCUGUCUUUUUAGCUUUUCCCUGUUUCAUUAGAAGAGGACUUUUGGUUUUGUUCUCUUGUGUACUUGGUUGCUGCCAAUUUCCAGCUCUUGUAAUGUGAUCUAUGUAUUUUGAGUUGUACAUUCCACUGCUUCUUGUGGGAAUUUUGUAACAAUAUGAAUUAAUGGAUAUGCCCUGCAUCAAGAUGUCUCGUCUGCGUAUUGAUUCAA